AUGGUGUCACCUGGCUCUGAGUACUAUGUUGGAAUGAAGCAUGGAGAGAUUUGGAUGAGGAAUGGCAAGCCGGUCUACUUCUCCUACGCCACUUGUGGUGCGAGCGACUCCUUCACCGCCACCAGCAAUGAGACCUGUGCCUUCCAGAAGUCUGUGAGCAACUGCACCCUGCUCUUCGAGAAGUGCGCCUGGAACGGCACCGCGUGCUUGGGCAAGGAAAUCCUGCAGACCUGCUCUCACAGUGGCGCAGGUGCCAUCAAGGCCACCUUCGCCGUGGCCUUGGCCUUCGCUGCGUUGCGGGCCCCAGUGGUUCGUGCCGUGUCCACGGUGCCGCCCGCCGCGGUGCCGGCAUUGCUGGUGGCCGGGACGAUCGGGGCACUCGCCAGGCGGCCUCGCGCUGUUUCCUCGCAGCUUCUUCGCAGCCGCUUCGUGGCCAUGCACGCCGCGCCGGACGUGGUGAUCUACAGCCGCCCCGGCUGUGCCUAUUGUGCCAAGGCCAAAUCCUUGCUGAAGCAGCGUGGUGUCACUUUCGGCAUCGUGGACAUCGCCGCCGAGGAGGAGGCCCUGGUAAUGGAACUAGGCAUUGCAUCGCAGCACAUCGCGGAGCCAGAGUGA